AUGCUUACAGGGGGUCCAGCGUCUGCCAUCUGGUGUUGGUUAAUGGGUUCCAUCAUGUGCUUAUCAAUUGGUGCCUCUAUUGGAGAACUAGUGUCUGCCUUUCCAGCCUGUGGUGGUCUAUACACUGCUACCGGAUUCGUCGUCCCGAAACGAUGGAUACCGCCGAUCAGUUGGGUCGUCGGCUGGAUGAAUUUGCUCGGUCAGAUUGCCGGUGUAGCUUCGACAGACUAUGCACUAUCGCAGAUGAUUCUUGCCGGUGUCGUUAUGGGCAAAGACAAGAAUUACACCAUCACCGCCGGCGCAACUGUUGGCAUCUACAUUGGUAUUCUCUGUUUUCACGGCGUAGUAAAUAGCAUGGGGACAAAAUGGCUUUCUCGUGUCACAAAAUACUAUGUAUUUAUAAACGUCGGAACAAGUAUAGCGUUGAUUGUGUCACUGCUUGUCGUCACACACAACAAACAAACAGGCACGUACAUUUUCACUCAUGUGGACGAUCAGUCUGGGUGGCAUUCGAACGGUUUCGCCUUUUUACUUGGUCUUCUGUCUGUUCAAUGGACAAUGACGGACUACGAUGCCACGGCCCACAUCUCCGAGGAGACUCGUAGAGCAGCUAUCGCCGCCCCGGUCGCUAUUUUUACGGCUGUUAUUGGAACUGGCAUUCUUGGAUGGUUAAUAAACAUUGCUCUUACUCUUUGCUCUCCCACCGAUCUUACUAUACUCGCUAACAGUCCAACCGGUCUAGCGGUCGCACAGAUAAUGUAUGAUAGACUCGGCAAACACGGCGCACUCGCUAUUUGGUCGUUCAUCAUCAUUGUACAAAAUUUUACCGGCACUACUGCUCUUCAAGCCAACUCCCGCAUGAUUUACGCAUUCGCUCGUGACGGCGCGAUUCCCGGUGGAAAGUUUUUUGGCAUGAAUAAAACCACCAAGACACCGAUUACUGCUGUUUGGGCUGUUGUUGUCGUUAGUAUACUUCUCGGAAUGUUGAGAUUCGCUAGUGUGGCUGCAAUCAACGCCGUGUUUUCCUUGUGCGCUAUCGCUCUCGAUUGGUCAUAUAUGAUCCCAAUCUUUUGCAAACUACUCUUUUGUGGUGUUCUUGGCAUGGUUCCAUUCAAAGGUGGUCCUUUUCACAUGGGAAAACUUGGUUUUGUCGUUGAUGGCAUUGCCUGCACAUGGAUUCUUUUUGUUUCUGGCAUUCUCAUGAUGCCCACAGUAUAUCCAGUCACGGCAAUUAACAUGAAUUGUACGUGUCAUAUUUCUCCCAAUACUAACUGA